AUGACUACAGUGGAGAAGAUCAAGGCCAUCGAAGAUGAGAUGGCCAAGACGCAAAAGAACAAGGCUACCUCGUUCCAUUUGGGGCAGCUUAAAGCCAAAUUAGCCAAGUUAAGACGUGAAUUAUUGUCUGAUGGUGGUUCUGGUGGUGGAGGUGGCGGAGUAGGAUUUGAUGUAGCCCGUACUGGUGUAGCCACCAUUGGGUUUGUUGGAUUCCCAUCAGUAGGGAAGAGUACUCUUUUAAGUAAGUUGACAGGUACACAUUCAGAAGCAGCUGCAUAUGAGUUUACUACGUUAACUACUGUUCCAGGUGUGAUCAAAUAUAAAGGUGCAAAGAUUCAAAUGUUGGAUUUGCCUGGUAUCAUUGAAGGUGCCAAAGAUGGGAAAGGUAGAGGUAAACAAGUCAUUGCUGUUGCCCGUUCUGUCAACUUACUCUUUUUAGUUCUUGAUGUCAACAAGCCUUUACAACACAAGAAGAUCAUCGAACAUGAACUUGAAGGUAUGGGAAUACGUAUCAACAAGGUACCUCCAAAUAUCAUCAUUCAAAAGAAGGAAAGAGGUGGUAUCAACGUUACAACCACCGCUCCCUUGACACACUUGGAUAAUGAUGAAAUCAGAGCUGUGAUGUCUGAAUAUAGAAUCAAUUCUGCUAACAUUUCUAUCCGGUGUGAUCCUACAGUUGAUGAUUUGAUUGAUGCCAUUGAAGCCAAAAACAGAAAGUACAUUCCUGCUGUAUAUGUGUUGAACAAGAUCGAUUCUUUCUCUAUUGAGGAGUUGGAUUUAUUGAAUAGAAUUCCUGACGCGGUGCCUAUCUCAUCUGGUAAUGGUUGGAAUUUAGAUGAUUUAUUAGAAAUGAUGUGGAAGAAGUUGAACUUGGCCAGAGUUUACACCAAGCCAAAGGGGAAGUUGCCUGACUUUAAUGAGCCAGUCGUUUUGAGAAGUGACAGAUGCACUGUAGAAGAUUUCUGUAACUCUAUUCACAAGUCUUUGGUUGACGAUUUCCGGAGUGCAUUGGUAUAUGGUACCAGUGUGAAGCAUCUGCCGCAAGUGGUGGGGUUAACCCAUCGUUUGAAUGACGAAGAUGUCAUUACCAUCUUGAAGAAGUGA